GAGCUCCAUCCACAACCACAGCUACUCCAAUCACAACUGCAGCUGCUGCCACAGCAGCUCCAACCACCACCCCAGCAUCUUCUACAUCUGCCAAAACUGCUCCAAGCACAUCCACAGAUGUUACCACUACAACUGCAGCUGUUCAAACCACAAGCACAGCUGUUCUCACAAAAACCACAGGAGCUCCAUCCACAACCACAGGUGCUGCCACAACAACCACUGCUGCUCCAACCACAACCGCGGCUUCUCCAAUAACAACCACAGCUGCUGCCACAACAUCCACAGCUGUUCAAACCACAACCACAGCUGUUCCAUCCACAACAACCACUGCUGCACCAACCACAACCACAGCUGCUCCAACAACAACCACCGCUUCUGCCACAACAACCACAGCUGCUCCAACCACAACCUCCGCUGCUGCCACAACAACCACACCUGUCCCAACCACAAACACAGCUGUUCCUUCCACAACAACCACACAGCUGUUCACACAACAACCACAGGAGCUCCAUCCACAACCACUGCUCCUCCAACCACAACCAUAGCUGCUCCAACCUCAACCGCAGCUGCUGCCACAACAACCACAGCUGCACCAACCACAACAACAGCAGCUUUUCCAAAAACAACCACAGCUGCUGCGACAACAACCACUGCUGCACUAACCACAAACACAGCUGCUCUCAAAACUACCACAGCUGCAGCAACAUCAAGCACUGCUGCUCCAACGACAACCACACCUGCUCCAACCACAACAUCAGCUGUUCCAAUCACAUCCGCUGCUGCUGUCCUAACAACCACAGCUCCUCUAACCACAACCAUAGCUGCGCCAUCCACAACCACAUCCGUUCCAACCACAACCACAGCUAUUCCAUCCAUAACAACCACUGCUGCACCAACCACAACCACAGCUGCUCCAACAACAAUCUCCGCUGCUGCCACAACAUCCACACCUGCCCCAACCACAAACACAGCUGUUCCAUCCACAACAACCAGUGCUGCACCAACCACAAACACAGCUGUUCCAUCCACAACAACCAGAGCUGCACCAACCACAACCACAGCUGCUCCAAGCACAACCACAGCUUCUCCCACUACAAACACAGCUCUGUGGUUGUAG